AGAGAGAGAGAGAGAGAGAGAGAGAGAGAGAGAGAGAGAGAGAGAGAGAGAGAGAGAGAGGGCCGCGCGGCGAUAAACCAAUAAACAGCCCGUUCGUCUUAUAAGUCGAUCUGCUUAUAAAACCACCCGCAGCCGCCGCAAUGGAUGCCGUGCGUCAUGGACUCGACCGUGGCUCUGUUCUCCGGAUGCCAGAGCCAGAGCCAGAGCCAGAGCCAGAGCUUACGUACAGCCACGCGGUCCCCUCCUCCGACCACAGAUGGUUCCGUGCCUUUGCCGUCCAGGACAUAUCACCAUCACCGCUUGGGACGAGCCAUCAUCGGGGACCAAGAGUGGUAGAACUCGCGCAAAAGUGGUGCGACCAUCGAGAUCGAGGUUGUCCACACGACUGCGACUCGAAAAAAAGCUUAUGUGACAGAUGCGAGAGGAACGAGUGCAGUGCGUUUCACGGUUAACAAAUACCUAACCUAUGCUUUUGUUUAUAUAUCUAUAUUUUUUGGAAUGGGAAACGGAGGAAACAACAGAUCUAGAGCGGGGAGUUCUUAAUGGGUUGGUUGGUUGGUUGGUUGGUUGGAUGGGCAUGGGCAUCUAUAAUAUUAACCCUUCUCAACUUGUUUAUUCAUGUUG